CACACAAAGCCCAGACGCAGAGAAAAUGGCGGCGGCGGAGGCGGUAGUGGCGGCGGCGGCAACCGAUCCCAAGAUGGAGGAGGCCAGCGGUGCAGCCGGUGUGGCGAGCGGGAACAACGCUGUGGUCCCGAAGAGCGAUGGCGAGCGAUCAACUCAAAAUGAGAAAAGGAAGGAAAAAAAUGUGAAACGGGGGAAUCGCUUUGAGCCGUAUGCCAAUCCUGCUAAGAGAUACAGAGCUUUCAUCACAAAUAUACCGUUUGAUGUGAAAUGGCAGUCUUUGAAAGAUCUGGUCAAAGAAAAAGUUGGUGAGGUAACAUACGUGGAGCUCUUAAUGGACGCUGAAGGAAAGUCAAGGGGAUGCGCGGUGGUUGAGUUCAAGAUGGAAGAGAGCAUGAAAAAGGCUGCUGAAGUGUUGAACAAGCAUAGUCUGAGUGGAAGACCGUUGAAAGUCAAAGAAGAUCCUGAUGGUGAGCAUGCCAGGAGAGCAAUGCAAAAGGUGAUGGCAACAACUGGUGGGAUGGGAAUGGGACCUGGUGGCCCUGGAAUGAUUAAUAUCCCACCAAGUAUCCUAAACAAUCCUAACAUCCCAAAUGAGAUUAUCCAUGCAUUGCAGGCUGGAAGACUUGGAAGUACAGUGUUUGUAGCAAAUUUGGAUUAUAAGGUUGGUUGGAAGAAACUCAAAGAAGUAUUUUGUAUGGCUGGUGUUGUGGUUCGAGCUGAUAUUUUAGAAGAUAAAGAUGGCAAAAGCCGUGGAAUUGGCACAGUUACAUUUGAACAAUCUAUUGAAGCAGUUCAGGCUAUAUCAAUGUUUAAUGGCCAGCUACUAUUUGACAGACCAAUGCAUGUGAAGAUGGAUGAGAGAGCCUUACCGAAGGGAGACUUUUUCCCCCCAGAGCGGCCCCAGCAACUUCCUCAUGGACUUGGUGGCAUUGGCAUGGGAUUAGGACCAGGAGGACAGCCUAUUGAUGCUAAUCACUUAAAUAAAGGCAUAGGAAUGGGCAACAUGGGACCUGCAGGAAUGGGAAUGGAAGGCAUGGGAUUUGGAAUAAAUAAAAUGGGAGGCAUGGAAGGACCUUUUGGAGGAGGCAUGGACAACAUGGGUCGUUUUGGAUCUGGAAUGAACAUGGGCAGAAUGACUGAGAUGGAUCGUGGAAUGGGUGGAGGAUUUGACAGAGACUUUGCUAGAAAUGAAAUGGGAAUGUCUCGUGGUUUUGGCGAACCCCUGGGCAGGGGAAUGGUAUUGUCUCUGACUCAAUGGAAGCCAGAGCUACAGUCUCAAGUGCGUGGGCAUGUCCUGAACAAUGCGAAACCAAUGCAUCCCACUAAAGGUGGCGGUGGAGGCAGUGUUCCGGGGAUCGAAAGAAUGGGCCCCGGGAUUGACCGCAUGGGUGGUGCUGGAAUGGAGAGAUUAGGCUCUGGCUUGGCCCAUGGGAUGGAUAGAGUAGGGUCUGAAAUGGAGAGGAUGGGCCUUGUCAUGGAACGCAUGGGCUCCACCGGAGAGAGAAUGGGUUCAGGAAUGGAGCGCAUGGGCCCCCUUGGCCUAGACCACAUGACCACGAGCAUCGACAGGAUGGGCCAGACCAUGGAUAGAAUCGGGUCUGGGGUGGAGCGGAUGGGAGCCGGCAUGGGUUUUGGGAUUGAGAGAAUGGCCGCCCCACUAGAUCGGGUGAGCACUACCAUAGACAGGAUGGGAUCGGGAGUCGAUCGGAUGGGUACCACCAUAGAUCGCAUGGGUCUCAGUAUGGAUCGCAUGGUGCCAGCGGGCAUGGGGGCCGGCAUAGACCGCAUGGGUCCAGUUAUGGAUCGAAUGUCCACUGGGCUGGAGCGCAUGGGGGCCAACAACAUGGAGCGUAUGGGGCUGGAGCGCAUGGGGGCCAACAACAUGGAGCGUAUGGGGCUGGAGCGCAUGGGGGCCAACAACAUUGAGAGAAUGGGACCCACUAUGGGCCAGGCGAUGGGGUCGGGAAUGGAGCGCAUGGGGCUGGCCAUGGGGGCCAGUUUUGACAGAGCCAUGGAAAUGGAUCGUGGAAAUUUUGGAGGCAGUUUCGCUGGGUCAUUUGGAGGUGCUGGUGGGCAUGCGCCCGGAGUUGCUCGGAAAGCCUGCCAGAUCUUUGUGAGAAAUCUCCCGUUUGAUUUCACGUGGAAAAUGCUGAAAGAUAAAUUCAAUGAAUGUGGUCAUGUACUAUAUGCAGACAUCAAGAUGGAAAAUGGUAAAUCCAAGGGUUGUGGCGUGGUGAAGUUUGAGUCGCCUGAAGUAGCCGAAAGAGCCUGCCGAAUGAUGAAUGGGAUAAAACUCAGUGGUCGAGAGAUCGAUGUACGGAUUGACAGAAAUGCUUAAGACCCUUUUUUAAACAUCAGAACAGACCUUUUGAAUUUGUUUUUCUUGUUAAACCAUUUUAAUUUGUUGGCUGGAUGUAUAAAGAUGUUGAACAUUUCAGUUGCUUUCUGGGGUAUUUUAAUUAGUUUUGUAAGGAAUGGAGCUCCAUUUUAUUGUUUUUGCAUUGAGGUUGCAAUGAGCUCAGUUUUUCUUGUAGUUGUGGCAUCUUGUUGACAUCAGAGAUGUUCAGUAUGACUUUGAUAAUGAAUUCCACUUACUGAAA